AUGUUGAAAAAGAUCAGGAGUGAUGAGGUAUCGAAACACAAUUCUGCAGACUCCUGUUGGGUUAUCUACAACAAUAAAGUCUACAACGUCACAGAGUUUAUUCAAGACCAUCCUGGUGGAGACGACGUAAUAUUAGACUACGCGGGUCGAGAUAUUACAAAGGUCAUGAGUGAUGUCAACGAGCACGAGCACUCCGAAUCAGCUUACGAUAUUCUCGAAGAGUAUUGUAUUGGGCAGCUUGCAACAGAAAUAUCAACACAAGAGGCACAUAAGAAGUGCACGCCGAACGAAACAGAUAUUAAUUCCGAUAUAAAGAAGAACCAAUUCUUGGAUUUAAGUAAAGCACUGAUACCCCAGUUGAUGAGAGCGAGGUUCACAAAAGAGUUUUAUCUAGAGCAGGUACAUAAGCCACGCUAUUUACCAGGCCCAGCAAUUUUCUUCGGCCAUCCACUAUUGGAGCCCCUCACAAAGACAGCUUGGUAUGUUGUGCCUACUGUUUGGAUUCCUUACGUGGGUUAUCAGUUAUAUCAUUCACUUCAAUUUGGCAAUUCUACGGGAACGGCAAUGAGUUUUGCUUUGGGUGUCAUUAUAUGGUCUCUGUUGGAAUACCUACUUCAUCGCUUCUUUUUCCAUUUGGAUGAAUUACUUCCAGACCAUCAGGCAGCUUUUGUUCUGCAUUUCACAAUUCACGGGUUCCAUCAUUAUUUACCAAUGGAUAGACUAAGGUUGGUGAUGCCUCCAACUUUAGCUGUCAUUAUUGCAUACCCGCUUGUUAGACUAGGCUAUUUUCUCUUUCCGCCCAUGAUGGCUCAUGGUGUAAUCGCAGGAGGUUUUUUUGGGUACAUACUGUAUGACUGUACUCAUUACUAUCUUCAUCACGCCAAAGUAUACGAAAUCCAUUUUAAAGAGAUGAAAAAAUAUCAUAUGGCACAUCAUUACAAGAACUAUGAAGGUGGCUAUGGUAUAACAUCUAAAAUAUGGGAUCAUUGCUUUGGCACCAAACUCAAGUAUACCAAUUGA